AUGGCAGGCCUUGCAACCUUUGUGGUUAGCCUCCUGCUUGUGACCUUGUGUGCCCACUGCAUCGAUCCUGCAGGCUCUGUGUCCAUCCCCUCUUCCUGCUGCAUGUUCUUCAUUUCCAAGAAAGUUCCGGAGAACCGAGUGGUUACCUACCAGCUGCUCAAUGGGAGCGUCUGUCCUAAGGCAGGAGUGGUCUUCACCACCAAGAAGAACCAGAAGUUCUGUGGCGAUCCCCAGCUGCACUGGGUCCAGAAGUUGAUGAAGAACAUAGAGGCCAGGAGGAAGAAGGUGUCUCCUGGGGUCAGGGCAAUGAGCACCAAAGCCCUGGUGCAGAGGUACCCUGCCAACAGCACCUCCAUCUAA